GGUUGUUUUCAUUUAUUGUAAAUUAAGUUAAAGUCAACUGAAUUUACAAAGUCAUAAGAAAGGCCCAAACUCUGUUUUUUUCUUCUUCAGUUUGUAUUUUUAUGAGUUGAAAUUUAGUUUUAUGAAAAUCUGAAUUCCGGGUUUUGUUUAUAAUUCAAUAUUGGUUAUUGGGUUUUCAUUACAUAGUGAUAAAUUUUGGUUUUGAAUGAUCAAAUUUGGUGAAAUUGUAGAUGAAGUGGGAGGGUGAGUGUGUGGGAGUAGUAGUGUUGUUUAGUUUGGAAGUUUUCUUAAAAAAAGGAUGGACCGCCGGAGCUGGCUUUGGCGAAGGAAAUCGUCGGAGAAGAGUCCUGGAGAAACCGAAAGCUCGGUAGGGUCCAUUUCUUCUCAUUCUGAGAGAUUUUCUGAUGAUCAGGUAUACUUGAAUCAACAUUCUCAAUCACCCGAAGUUACCUCAAAGGCCGGUGCACACGAGAUUGAACAUAACCAUGAAGAAAAGACCCUUUCGGAGAAAUUAUCGGACGCACUUGUGAGUAUUAAGGCCAAAGAAGAAUCGGUAAAACAACACAUUAAAGUAGCAGAAGAGGCUGUCUCAGGAUGGGAAAAAUCCGAAAGGGAAGUCUUGGCUUUAAGGCAGCAAGUCGAGGUUCUAACUAUAAAAAACUCGACCCUUGAGGACCGAGUUCUUCAUCUUGAUGGGGCCUUGAAAGAGUGUUUAAGACAACUGCGACAAGCACGAGAAGAAAAAGACCAUAUUGUGCAGCAAGCUCUGGAGAAGAAAAAUUCUGAAACCGAAAGUUCUUUGACCUCUGCUGAUACAGAGGUAUAUCACAAGCUUGAGAUGGCUGAGAAAGAAAACUCUAAUCUAAAACUUCAGCUUUCAUCAAUGGCUGAAGAGCUUGAAAUACGACUUAUUGAAAAGGACUUAAGCAACCAAACAGCAGAACAAGCUUGUAAACAAUAUCUUGAUAGUGUAAAGAAAGUAGUUAUGCUUGAAGCCGAGUGUCAUAUGCUAAAAGCAACUCCUCAAAAAGCAUUCAAUCAUGAAUCAAAAGGUCGAAAAAUGACAUCUAUAAUUCAGAAUGAUGAGUUGAAGGAAACAAGUGAAUUUGGAAGAAACCAAAUGGAUUCCUUUGCAGACAUGGAUCUCAUGGAUGAUUUCCUUGAAAUGGAAAGACUUGCGGCAAUGCAAGAAAUUUCUGAAACUGAAGAGAGGUCACGGAAGGUUGAAUCAUUGGAUAUUGUUCUGAAGGAUCGUGAAAACGAGCUCAAGACAUCAAGAAGUAGGCUUGAAGAGGUUGAAAAUAAGUUAUAUGAGCGUGAAAACGAACUCAUUGCAUCAAAAGACUGCCUUGAAGAGGUUAAAUCUAAGUUAGAUAUGCUUAAAAAUGAGCUUAAUGCAUCAAGAAACCGACUUGAAGAUACUGAGUCUAAGUUGGCUGCGUGUGAAAACAAGCUUAAUUCAUCAAGAAACCAGUUUGAAGAAGCUGAACUUAAGUUAAAUAUUCAAGCAAAAGAGCUUAAGGCAUCAAGAUACCAACUUGAAGAGGCUAAAUCCAAGUUGGCUGAGCAUGUGAACAAGCUUAACGCAUCAAAUUGCCAGGUUGAAGAGGCUGAAUCUAAGUUAGCUGAGCAAGAAAUCAAGCUAAAGGCAUCAGUAAACCAGCUUAAGGAGGCUGAAACCAAGCUACACGACCGAGAAACAGAGCUUGAUGCAACAAGUUAUCUACUUGAAGAGGCUGAAUCCAAGUUGGAUAAGACCCUAAAUCAUCUAGAAAUGGCUGAAUCACGAUGCAAGGCCUUAGAAGCCGAGCUAGAAAUCCUGGUUCCAAAAGUUAAAUCUUUAGAAACCGAUGUUCAAAAGGAACGGGACUUGUCAAGGAAGGCAGAAGCCAAGUGUAGGGAACUUGAAAAUGAGGUAAUAAAACUGCAACAUGAAGUUAAAGGUCCAAAGUCAGGAAUUACUCAAGCGGAAGAACUCAGAUUCAUCAAAAUAAAGCAGGAAGCGGAAUUAGCAAAGGCAGGAAGUAAAUUUGCCGAGUGCCAGAAGACAAUUGCGUCUCUAAGUCGACAGUUGAAAACUCUUGCAACGCUUGAUGACUUCUUAAUUGAUACAGAUUCUUAACGAGUGUCAAAUAACUGGUAUCUGGUAGUAAUGAAUAAUGACAGAUGAUAUUUGACCUUUUUACUUGAUAAAUUCGGUUUUAACUAGACCUCGCAUUUGCUUAUUCUUGAUAUAGCAAAGAAGAAGGAUGUACAUUUUCGUAUAUUUGUAUCUAAUUUUGUAUUAUAUAACGAAAGACAAAUCACAGAGUCAUGAGUUGA